AAACUACUUAUAGGAAGCUACUUAACUACUUGCAUAUACGAUAUGGACUCUCCAGGACUAAUACCACCGAACCAAAGUUUCCAGUCGCCGGCACAGCUAGCAGAUUCUUCCUUGGGAAGCUUGAAUGGCAUACAAACCAAACUAAACUCGCCGGCCCCAACAGGAAUGGAUAUUUCCAGAAAUGAAUCGUCACCUUUGAAAAGUGAGACGCCAAUGGAUGUAGAUAUGGACGAAAACCAAGAAAAUGAAGAUCACGAAGAAGACGAGGGACCCUUAACCAAGUUGGAAAAGAUCGAAUUGUUGCCAGAGCUCUAUAAUUUGAUCCACAGCUUGCAAAAUGGAGAAAUCCUGGCAAAAGAUUUCGAUAAUAACGCUGGUAACAUCAGACUCAAGUUAUCGGUCAUACGACAAACUCUACAAGACAUCGAGGGAAUCGAAGAGCUGGUUUCUGAAAGAGAAGCAAAGAUUGCCAGCCUCAAGUCUUUGAACACUCGCAAAAGAGAUUUUCUAAAUAACUUCAAGGCGAGCAUCAACUCGAAGAACCAGCAGAAUCAAGGGUGAAAGGAGUAUACAUAGCUAAGUAAUAGGGCCCUUAAUAUAAUUGUAAAUACAUAGUAACUGUACCUUGCGCAAAGCUCGC